AUGGUCAACGUCUCUCGAGAAUACAUCAUGAAGCUCAAACAAAGGGCAGAAGCAGCCGAACAACGCCAAGGGGCGGCCAGCUCUACCGAUCCCAGUCAAUCCUCGUCCAAGAGGCAACAGGACCUGCAGCGCCGUGAGCCCUCGAGGCACUCCCUGGAGCAGGCCACAUCAAGUCUGUCCGAGCUCGCCUCAUACGCACGUAACAAUAACAACACAAGUCGAAGUCGAGACGCUCAGAACCGACACGCUGCAGAAUCGAUCAAGGAUCCGGGCUCCAGCACUCAGCCCAAUAGACCUUCCGUGCAUGGCCGUCCCCAAAUACUUCAGGACCUCAAUGAGGACGGCAUUUCAAGAAAAGACUUUUCGUCCAAAGCAGCUUCUGUCGACAGAGCAGAGAAGCCUCGAGCGUGGUCGGUGCCGCCCAGUCACGAUGCCACCACAAAUUUCGAAGAACCAAAUCCCGAUGAUUUCUACGGAGACUCGUCCACUCUGUCCUUUAUGCAGGCCGUGCAAACAACAAUAAUCUCAAACUCCUCUCCCGAUUCAGUGUCCCCAGGGUCAAAUUAUAGAAGCGGGACCAAGCCACGCCCAGCCCGGGCGGUCUCAUUCCGGCUCGGGGUCGAGAACUGCUUGCCCCAGAGAUCCCUCGCCGACGACUUGGUCAGUUGCUACUUUCGCUACGUCCAUAUCUUAUACCCCUUUUUACACCGGCCCUCCUUUGAGGCUCAGUAUGAACGCACUUGGGUAUCAGGCGAGCAACAAGAUGAUCAAUGGCUGGCCAUGUUGAACGUCAUUUUUGCCCUGGGAAUUCAUUUCGCCUACGGACAGGAAGAUAAAUCGGCAGCGAGUGAUCGGUUCUUUGGCUAUGCACAGAAGCUCGUGUCGAUGGAGCAGUUCGCUCACGCAAAUCUGCAAACCUUACAACUUCUGUUGCUCAGCGGACUCUACUACCAAUCCACCAGUCGACCGAAUCAGACGUGGAACGUGAUAGGGUUAGCAAUCAGGAUUGCUACCACCAUCGGCGCCCAUGUGGACCCAAUGCCGUCUCAAUAUAACCCUCUGCAGAUUGAGAUACGGAGACGGUGCUGGUAUGGUUGUAUUGUGCUGGAUUCAGUGUUGGCCCUGAACUUCGGACGUCCCACGGCCAUUCCGAAUACCUUUGGUGUCUCACUACCCUCAAACCUCGACGACGAGUAUAUCACCGAAGACGGAUACCUCGAACAGCCGGAGCACGUUCGGCCCAAGACAGCCGUCUUCAUCAAGUCAGUGGCCUUCUGCUCCAUCAUGAAGGACGUCUUGUACACGCUGUACUCACCUCUCAACAAUUCCGGCCCCCAACAGAGCGGCAAAGUCUCUCCGCCUCCCGAGUUCAAGGACGCCGUCAGCCUGGACAAGAGCUUGGUUGAAUGGCUUCGUGGGCUCCCGGGGUACUUGAAGGUUGGGGCCCUGGACGAGAUCGAAGAAUUUCGACGAACACGGAAUAUCCUCCUCGCUAGAUUCCUGAGUCUCCGAGUCUUGAUCCAUAGGCCGUUCGCUUCUCUGUGGCAGCAGUCCUCUGCCGUCGCCGAGCCGACUUACCUCGCGCCCCUUGACAAUUCCCUUCAUGCCAUGUGUGUCACAGUCUGUAAAUCAGCCGCCAUUCAAUUGGUGGAUGUCAUCAGCACCAACUACUAUCAAGGAUUGUCAAGUGCGUGGUGGACGGACAUGAACUAUCUAUUCACGGCAGCAACCGUACUGCUAGCUAUGGAUUACGAAUGCGAAAAUCCGGAAGAGAGUGACGCCACCGAAAGUGCCUUUGAACAGUCUCUUAUCAUCCUGGGCGAAAUGCAAGGCCGGUCGUCCAUGGCAUCGGCAUAUGUCACCAUGUUGAAGAAGGCAAAGGAAGCUCAAGAAGCAGCACAGAUGGCCCAGAUAGGCCCGAAUUCGUCGCCACGAGCACGUUCUUCGAACAAUGCGCCACCCCGGAAUUCUUCGUCGUCCUCUGAAAUGGUGUCUACCGGAAUCAACUUGGAUGAAUUGCUGAAAGACGACGCCAGAGUCGAUGCUCCGUUCCCGUCUUGGAACAUGCAGGACUUUUUCCUGGUCCCUUGGGAUAUGAUGAUGGUUGAUAACCCGAUGCCCACGUUCCAUUCAUGA